CGUGGAAAAUCUUGUUGACUCGCAGUCACAGUGUAUCUGCUUCGACCUCACCAAAACCUGAGAAUUGCUCUCUCUCCUCUCUCUCCUCUCUCUCUCUCUCUCUCCUUCCACGCUCGCUCCGGCCUUCAUUGUUGGUUUCAUCUGGAAUCAAUUAACAUUACUGCAGAUACUGCUUGAAUUAGAUUCUGCUUCUACUUAUGGAGUCUUGGAGUUUUGGUUCAGAAGGGAAAGGGUUUUUGUUUACGGAAGAAAUGGAUAUGCCAACUGAUGCAUUUUCAAGGAGUACUAGGAAAUCAUUGCUAGAAUUGGAUAACAAAACUUGCUUUAAUUUUGGUAAGGAAUCAGUUGAUAGCAUGGGGUUCAUGGAUUUGGGAUUCCCUGAUAUUAACCAAGGAGUGGAAAUCUUGAAUGGUGUGAUGGGUAAUGGUUCUAGUUAUAAUUCUGUAGCUUCACCUUGUUGUUUGAUUAGUUCAAGUUCAUCUUUUGGUGAUGGGGAAUCUGGGUCGAAGUUUUCGAGCCCUAUGACUGAAUCUAAUAGCAUGGAUUCAUCAAUGAUUGCUUUGAAGCUAGGGGGGUUUGCUGAUAGCAGAGGUGGGCAGAACAGUCAGCAUUCGAUUUCUAGAGAGAGGUCGAAAAGAGCUGGCAAUGGCAUGAGGAGUUCAUACUAUCAUGCUCCAACCUGCCAAGUCCAUGGUUGUAACAUGGAUCUUACCUUUUCAAAGGAUUACCACAAGAGGCAUAGGGUUUGUGAUCCUCACUCCAAGACUGCCAUAGUGAUUGUUAAUGGAAUCGAACAGCGGUUUUGCCAGCAGUGCAGCAGGUUUCAUCUUCUUGCUGAAUUUGAUGCUGUGAAGCGCAGUUGUCGUAGACGCCUAGCUGGCCACAACCUUCGCCGAAGGAAGCCUCAACUAGAUACCCUCGAUUGUAAACCGCAUAAGUUGAUUCGGUCAUGCGAAGGAAACGGGUAUAUGGGAACUUCCUUUUCAAAGGGAACACCCUUUGUUUUUUCGGAUAUACUUCCAGAUGGCUGCAUUCAGUAUCCAGAAUAUGAAGAAGCUAACCUAUAUGGACGUGUCAAAUCUGAAGACAGGUCAACCUACGGCCAGUCUGUAACACCUAUACCAAACAGGCAGUUUAUUCCAAAAUCAUUCUGCCAUCUGCCUGGCCUUGGAGAACAGCAUGCUCUGGGAAGUCCCUCGUCAGGAAAUGAAUACUCUGUCUUUGAUACAGCAUCAACCGCUGAGAAAGCAUUUGAGACUGCAUACUCGAGCUGUGCUCACUCUCUUCUGUCAGCUCAAUCGCAUAACUUAUCAAGCAAUUCAGCUGGAGUUCAAGUGCCUAGCCCCCUGACAAAUCAAAGUGCCCAUCGCAGUUUUGGUCAACUUAAUGAAAAGACUUCGAGGGUAAACUCCAUGGAAAAUUGUGGACGAAACAGGUCCUACCCGUUUAGUAUGAAAUCUAUGGGAGCCGACCAUAUGGAAUCAAUCAAAAUUUCUGAUUCUAGGUAUGCUGCUGACUUCCAACUUCACACAGACAGGGCUUUGCAUGUGUCAGAUUGCUUAAGUGACAAGUAUUGUGUUUCUCCUGAACGAACUUUUGAUUUGCGGCAAUUGUCAUCACACCUUCAAAGAGUAGAGCAUGAGAGAGACUUUUUUCAAGUAAAGCAGGAAAAUGGAGAAUUCUACUGUUUCCCGACGGGCGUGCAAGCAACAAUGUGAUUAUGUUGCUGGAGGCUGGAGGCAGUUUGGAUCUUCAGCAGAAUUCCAACAUUUCCAUACAGAGGCUGGUAGAAACUUUAGAUACCAUUGGCAGUAACACUCUAUUCCGAAACGAAAAUAUAGCUAUCUAGUUUUUAUGUGGUAAAAGCUCUGUAAGCCGGAUUUUUUGUAAAUUGCUGUAGACACCUUUGUGUUACGUUAGUUAUCUGCAAACUUUAUGGUAAUCAAAUGAUUUAAGAUAUUAAAUUACACUA